AUGAACGUGAGUACUAGUGCAUUGGGUGUGCGCAGAAGAAAGGCAAAGGGCCAGAACAUUGACGAUGAGGAAAACGCCUCCCUUUUGAGACUAGGGCCAGAGUUCCUGCUUACUCAAAUAACCAACUCAGGCGAACCAGAACAACUCAUUGCCUUGAACUUAUCGGAGGCAAGACUCUUGAUUCGUGCUGCAUUGAAGGAGAGAAAAAGCAAAGCAGAGAACAAACAAAGCUUCGAUGAUGACGACGAUGAGGAGAACGAGAAGGAAGAUGAAAUGGCCAACAUUGAGCUUGCGGGCCCCAACUCCAACGAAAUUGUGCACAAGACAUUGAAUUUUUUGUCUUCGUUCUCGCGUUUCAAAAACUCCUCUUCCACCGAGUCUGUGGAGAAGCUUCUAAACGAUUUCAGUGCCCAGGCUUCAGAGCCUUUGCAUCCUUUUGAGUUGGCGCAGUUGGGUAACUUGGAGUGUGAAGAUGCGGAGGAAGCCAAGUCGUUGAUUCCUAGUUUGGCACACAAGGUUUCAGACGUGCAGUUGAAGACUUUGUUGAGUGAGUUGAGAAAAUACCAGACCUUGACCUAA